AUGUCUCCCUCAACCCGACCCCCCCUCAACCCCGAGCUCAUCGCCGUCCACAACACAAUCCCAUUCCUCGACAUCGACACCCCCGAAAAACUCUCCGCCUACCGCACCGCCAUAGCCCCCAUGUUCACCCUCGAGAACGCCCUCCAAGGCAAAAGCUCCACAAUCUCAACCUCCGAAUUCCCAAUCCCCACCCCAGCAGGCCCCAUGACCGCCACAGUCUUCCGCCCCAGGACCCCAACCCGCCCCGUCUCCGAAACCCCGGGCAUCCUGCACAUCCACGGCGGCGGCCUCGCAACAGGAAACCGCUUCCUCGGCUUCACGAUGCUCAACUGGGUCGAGGAGCUGGGUGCCGUGAUUCUGACCGCCGAGUAUCGGCUCGCCCCCGAGCACCCGGCCCCCGCGGCGCUGGAGGACAGCUACGCGGCCUUGCGGUAUAUGGCCGCCCAUGCGGCGGAGCUGGGCUUCAACCCGGAGAAGCUUGUUGUGGCGGGCGGAUCAGCGGGCGGGAAUCUGGCUGCGGGCGUGGCGCUCCUCGCGCGGGACCGUGGUCUCAGCCCCGGGCUCGCGGGCCAGGUGCUCAUGUACCCGUGGGUCGACGAUGGCAUGGCCUCGCGCUCGAUCGAGCAGUAUGGGGACAUUGCGCCCGUGGCGAAGGAGAACCUGGCCACUGUGAACGACUAUGCGUUUGGGAAGGACCGCGAGUUUGCGGAUAUGUAUACGGCGCCUAUGCGCGCGGAGAGUCUGGGGGGGUUGCCGCCGACGCUGAUUGAUGUUGGCGAGGCGGAUGUGUUUCGGGACCAGGAUGUGGAGUAUGCGAGGAGGUUGUGGGGGGAUGGGGUUGCGACGGAGCUGCAUGUUUGGCCGGGGGCGUAUCAUGGCUUUGAUGUUUUUGUGCCGGAGGCGGGGAUCAGUUGCGGAGGUGCUGAGGGCGGUGGUGGUUGUGGUGAUGUGGAAGUAGGUUGUGUAGCUGGGGAGGAUGUUGAGGUUGUUCCUGUGGUGGUCAGCAAGGGUACCCUGCAUGGUGUGGGCAGGGUCAGCUACAUCGUCGAAGGGUCAAAGCCAACGGUCUGGCUGGGUCAGUGUCUGGCAGGGGAUUAUACGGUCAUUGUCAGCGAUAGCAGCGCUCUGACAGAGGGAAAGGCCCUGGAGGGCUGUUUCAGUGUUGGCGAGACAUACCGGUGGCCCAACUUGUAG